AUGCUACGUACAGAUAGCGGAAGAAUGUUUGACUUCUUCGAUUACGAGCUCGACGAAGGGCUCGCCCCUCAACCUGGAGCUGGCGGCGCCACUUUCGAUGGCUUUCUCGCUCCUACCACCCAACAACGUUCGACGGCGCAGGGAGACGCACGAUCAAUGUUUGACGACCCCGAGUGUCGCUCCUCGCAGGCUGCUGAUCAGCUCGGCCUUCCUCGCUCAGUCGGAUACGAAUACGGACAGCAUAGCCUCGGAGACUAUGACCUGGACGACGAAUAUGAUCCCGAUCACGACUACGAGGCUAGUUCUCCCAAGAAGCCCAAGCGCGCGAAGCGCCAAGGGCCUCCUGCAAAGACCAAUGAUCUCUUCAGCAACAUGGUCAAAGAUGAAGACGGCCUAUACUUUGGUUCGGCGGAGGACGUGCUAGACGUGUUCAUGAGCGACCCCCUGUGGAAACCGGGUCACGAAGAGCUGCCCUAUGGAGAUGAACGACGUCCGUAUGUAAUCCGAAUCAGAAAUGCGCUUCUGCAUCUGCCAGCCAGUGAAAGCAUGACGGCCACUAUUUUAGACAAUGCUACCGGCAAUCCCAUCAGCAAAUCCCCACAUAAUGCCGUAGGCAAGGCCAUGACUACAUCGAAGGUCCCGAAGGAGACGCGCGGGCGAGGCGGUGGACUGGCUCGCUGGAAGGGUGGCUAUUAUCAGCCACAGGCAAUCGAAGCUGCCGCGCACCUCCUAAUCGACCGCGUCGUCAGCAUCCACGAAUUCGGCUGGAUGCGUCCCAACUUAGACCCGAAACAAUUGGAUAUGGAGACGCUCUAUCAGCCGGAGCUCAGCUUCGAUGAGCGGAUUAACAGUAUUGAGAGGGUGCUCAAGUCAAAGAAGCAUACCUGCAAAUGGGUCCUGGACAACGACGACCUGAUGUUGGACAAGCUGGCUGGAGGCCCAGGAAAAUACGAGGAGGCGAGUGCUGCUCUUCGUUUUACUAAUCUCAUUGGCGAAGUAACUGACAGGUUUCAGCGCUCAAAUACAAACAAACAACUCAACGACCUGAGACAGAUCGUGAUGAAAGCUGGGCGCGAAGAGGCCAGCAAGUCUGAAGAUAAGAAAAAGGCACAGCCUGCCGCCAAGUCCAAGCGCAAGGCGAACCAGAUUGCUAGAGCGGAUGAGGAUGGAAGUGGUACGGAAUCAGGGCCGUCUGCACCUAAGCAGCGCAAGAUUAGAGCGUUGUCAUCUCGCAAGAAUGGUACCAAAGAGUCUGGCGAGGAUGUCCUUAGUGCUACAGACACUCAGGCUCACCGGGGCAGUGUCUACAGCGCGGCAGGUGGCAAUUUGCUACGCCAGGGCUCGCUGCCGACCUACAACAACAACGUCACUCCAGCGAUUGACCCCAGCAAUCUCCGUCGUUCAGGACGUUUCGGCAGAUUGAAUAAGAACGGUGAGCAGUAG